AGCAGAGAGUGUUCAGGGGGAAUCCGACACCGGCGUCUCCGCGGGUCCGAGACGAGCGGACCGGACCAAAGCGGACCGGGGAGCUCCGGUGGGAGCCGCCGCCAUGAAGAACAAACAGGGCCCACAGGACCCAGCUCAGCAGCAGGCUCAGCCCGACAAGGUCGGAUGGAUCCGCAAGUUCUGUGGAAAAGGCAUCUUCAGAGACAUCUGGAAAAACCGGUUUGUGGUGCUGAAAACAGAUCAGCUGUUCAUCUGCCAGAAGGAGAUCCUGAUGAAGGAGCUGGGUCGGGCUGAUGAGGUACUGGAGCUGUCAGAGUACGAGCGCUGUGAGGAGCUGAAAAAGAACAAAAGCCGCAGCAAGAAGAACCUCAGCAAGUUCAGACUGCAGUGCUGCAGCACACCUGGAAACAAGGUUCCAAACUGGUUUUCCUGGCUGUCAGUCCAAGAGGAUAAGGAGUCCUGGAUCCACAUCCUGAACGCUGCCAUCACACGAGCCAAAAACCGAAUCCUGGAUGAGGUGUCUGCAGAAGAUGGUCAGCUGUCUCACCCGACCCGAGAUCGAGCCAAGAUCCCGCAUGGACGCCGGCUGCCGACGCGAGGACACCUGCUGGCCAUGGCUUCCACUUCAGACGGGAUCCUGACUCUGGAUCUGAUCCAGGAUGACAGCCCGCCCCCUCAGGGUCCAGACUGCUGUGACACUUCCAGGUCAAACACGGUCUCUGCUGACACACCCGGGACUCCUGGGAAAUCCCCCGGCCUGCCCAGGCCGGCACCAGUCACACCGGAACAAACGUCACCGACCCAAAUGCUGCAGCCAAGUCUGAGCUCUGAGAGGAGCCACUGUGCCUCCGUGGAUGAAGUCCUGACUCAUUCGUCCGUGUCCGUGCCGUCCAUCGGCGAGCUGCAGGAGCUGAUCAGGCAGAAGCUGCAGAAGACCGAGCGGCUCCUGGACGAGGUGCACGUGAGCGGCGAGGCUACCACGCUGGCCGACAGCAAAAAGUCUGCAGAAGGAGCGCGUGCUGAGGCUCACAGACUUCUGAAGGAGGCAGCGGUGGCCUGGACUCAGGCGAAGCAAGUGCUGGAGGAGGUGAAGGAGCUGAGGGUCCUGUACCAGCAGCUGGAGUCCCGAGCAGCAGCUGAGGUCUCACCGCUCACACGCUCCAACAGCACCGCACAGAGUCCACAUCAUCUGAUGUGAAAGUCCAGAACCGAGAC